AUGGUUCGCAGAGACGCCCAGCAUUAUCCCGUCGCUCACGCAACUCGAAGCACCCCCUUGACUUCCAAGCAGAGGGUUUUGAUAUCAACCGAAUACGAACGCAAGAUCGAUAAUCUCGUCAAAAACGUCGAUGAAAUUCGACGUUUGCUUGCAGACACUGCCGCUGUAAAGUCGAAUGCAGACCAGCGCGGCAAAGCUGGAUCCUGGCCUUCGAGUUGCAAUCGAGACGUACAAGAAGCCCCUAAAAUGCUCCAAUCUGGGCCUGCCACUGCUGGAUCAAACGCUCAAUGGGAGCACUCGGCCCACCUCAUCGACUUUGUCAAAGACAUAGUGGAGGAACGGAGGAAGACUGUGCCAGGAGACAGUGCGACCAUGGCCUCCUUGAGACGCUUCGUGCGGACUGCCGAAGAUCAGAAGAUUUUCCAAACGCCGGUGAUCUCAAAAUUCACGGGGGCCAAGCAGGAGGAGGAUGUAACCCUACCACCUGUCGAAGCAACAACAGCGGUCAUUCGAUGGGCGAGAGACCAUGCUCAGAUUGGCACGAUGAGAUGGGUCUCCCGAAUACUUCCUCUCGAAAAGUUUGCAAAGGUUUGCCAGAAAUUGUAUUUUCCCACGGGCGAUCACGACCUCGUCGACCUCGUCGUUGGCAACGGCUACUUGUCUUAUAUGUUCUCCGAACAUGCAAAUCUUUCCGGCCUGCAGGAACACAAGGAUUAUGGGUAUUGCUGUCGGAGCAACCUCCGCAAUGCUCUCUUGCGCCUACCGCUUCUUCUGAAACCAUGUAUGGAGACCAUCGCCGCUCUGACAAUCGGCGCGGCCAGUGCGAUUGAAUCCUCUCAAGCAGCCAUGGCUUGGAGCUUCAUCUCCGCUGCUUCCAGUCUUUGUAUAACGCUACGUUAUCACCGCGCUCCAGCCUCUGACGAUCUGCAUGAUGUACCUCAAGCGGACCGAGAGCGCCUCUUCUGGACAAUUUACGCCAUUGACAAGGCCCUCUCUCUCCGACUGGGUCGGCUUUCCAACAUCCGUGACUCUGAAGUGACAUUGUCGAUAGACCAGUGCGAAAUUCGGGAAGCGAAGCUAGGCAGAAUACAAGGCCAGAUAUAUGAGCAUUUGCAUAGUCCUGAGACUCCCAACAAUGCGACUAACGAUAAAGAACGAAGUAAUGCCGUCGAAGUCCUAGCAGAGGCAACACGAGAUUUGAUCCGACAAACAGAAGCUGAAAUCUCGGAUGCCUCAAGACAGCUUAGUGCUGUUGACGAAGAGAAUAUACGCCUUGUGUAUCUAAAGGCCGAGCUUGUGUGCCAGUCCUCUGUGCUUACAUGGAUCUUGCAUGCUGCACCCAGCCAGGGGGAUGCUACGCAUAGCCCGUCAGACGAGUGUGUUGCGGCCGCGCGGUCUGUCUUUCAGUUCCAUGCAGAGUUCCUCCGAAUGGCACGGUUCUUGAAAAAUGAUCCUUUCUUGAUACAGAGGUAUAUGAAUUGGGCACUUCUAAAUAUUCCAUUUGUGCCGUUCAAUAUCUUGUUGACUCGCACCCUCCAACAGGUUGAUGACGCCGACAUCGCUCGCAUGGAAGGCUUCACCAAUUCGUUGCAGCUGGAAACGGACAUUGGCGAAGGGAUAACUCACCCUCACAGCCUGUACAAGCUCUUGUGCCGGGCCGCACAGUGCUACAUCGACGAGCAUGCUCAGUCCAGGACUUAUGAUCCGACCUUGACUGAGAAUGAUGUGGCUGAGUUCAGCGAAUUCGAAUUUAGAUAUAUGGGUGGCGACGGUCAUACGACACCAGGAUGGUUCGACUGGUACAACCCCGAUCAAUACCCUGAUACAUGGAUGAAUCAGGGGUAG